GUCACGCUUCGGAUACUUUUCUACUCUGUCCACGCUAUAAAAGGGCCCUGCAAAUCUCUAUCCAGAGCUCCAUUCCAUUCCAAUUUCCCAUUCAGAUCCGCCGAUUUCUUCUUCGGUUCUUCUCCUUCUUCCCACAGCGGCCGCCGCAGCAGCACAGGGUACUCGAGUGAGUGACCGCCCGACCGAUUCACGAGGAUGCUGGCCAUCUUCCAGAAGCAGGUGGCGCACGCGCCGCAGGAGCUCAACAGCCCCCGGAGCGGCGGCGCCAAGCCCAGGAGCCCCGACGAGAUCCUCCGGGACUUCCACGCCGCGCACCCCGCCGACGCCUUCUCCGCCUCCUUCGGGGGCGGCGCCGCGCUCGCCUGCGUCGCCGCGCGCGCCUGCCCGGCCGCUGGCCACCAGCGCAUGUUCUGCGGCCUCGACGACAUCUACUGCGUCUUCCUCGGCCGCCUCGACAACCUCAGCGCCCUCAUCCGCCAGUACGGCCUCUGCAACAAGUCCACCAACGAGGCGCUGCUCGUCAUCGAGGCCUACCGCACCCUGCGCGACCGCGGGCCCUACCCCGCCGACCAGGUCGUCAAGGACCUCGCCGGCUCAUUCGCCUUCGUCGUCUUCGACAACAAGUCCGGCGCCGUAUUCGCAGCCCUGAGCGCCGACGGCGGCGUGCCUCUGUUCUGGGGCAUCGCGGCGGACGGCUCCGUGGUCAUCUGCGAGGACCGGGAGAUCGUCAAGCGCGGGUGCGGCAAGUCGUACGCGCCCUUCCCCGUGGGGUGCAUGUUCCACAGCGAGGGCAGGCUCAAGAGCUUCGAGCACCCCAUGAACAGGCUCAAGGCGUUGCCCCGGGUGGACAGCGAGGGCGUCAUGUGCGGGGCCACCUUCAAGGUCGACACCUUCACCAAGAUCAACUCCAUGCCACGUGUCGGCAGCGCCACCAACUGGGCCGCAUGGGACGACCAAGCCAUCUAGGAGUAGAUCAUAUUUUCACCGUCUCUUUAAUUAAGAGCGCCGCUGCUCACGCACGCACCAGAUAGCCAUAUCCGCGCCCUUUCUUUCUCCCUUCUUCGUCGCUCGAUGUUUCUUUCCUUUCCUUCCACUAAUGUAUCUGCUGGCUACCUGCUAGUGCUUCCAUUGGAAGGCCAUGGUCUCAUCAAGACCACGUACGGAAGCAUAACGCCUUUGUUUUACUGCAUGCUUGUCGUCCUCUUCUUCCGGCUCCUUGUGCUGGCACAUUGUACAUUUCCCUGUGCUUGGGGCUUUUGGGCUUGGCUGUUGAACAUUAUCAAUAAGAGUUUGCUUCAAUCUUAUUUACUAACUCA